GAUUUGUCGUGCCGUCUUGAAAUUCAAACAUGACGACCUUUGUUUGCUUCAAACAAUUUGGGCAUUCGUUCACAUGCUGACGACCUUCUCUCCAUUCCCGCCCCCUGUUCGUCAAAACGCAGUCGUUCCCCGCCAUACUACAAUCACAAUGUCUCUCUCCACCGUAUCCAUUCCCUUCUCUCACCUCCAAGAUAAGAACUAUGAUUUGUCCUUGAAGAUCGAACAAGGGUUUGGACCUAAUGGUUUGGGGAUUCUAUCUGUCACUGAUGUCCCAGGAUACUCUUCCUUGCGAAGAAAUCUUUUGCAUCUUGCACCAAGAUUGGCUAAUCUUCCUAAAGAAGUGAAGGAUGAUCUUGAAGAUCCUAACAGCAGAUAUAAUUUUGGGUGGAGUCAUGGGAAAGAAAAACUUGAAUCUGGCAAGCUUGAUUUAUUAAAAGGAUCUUUCUAUGCCAAUCCCAUACUUGAUACGCCUACAACAGAUAAAUCUUUGAUACAACGAUACCCAUCAUAUUGCGGAUCAAAUGUAUGGCCCAGAAGCACAUUACCAGAACUUGAGUUGGCUUUCAAAGCACUUGGGAAGCUGAUAUUUGAUGUUGGAUUGAUGGUGGCAUAUCACUGCGAUCAAUAUGUAUCCAAAGGAAUAGAAGUUCAUAAGGAUGACGGUCUGGAAUCAAUACUUAAACGCUCCCGCUGUCACAAGGGACGUUUGCUAUAUUAUUUUCCUGCACAACAGGGAAUCCCAGGUGACAACUCCAUGUCUUCUUGGUGUGGAUGGCAUACAGACAAUGGUUCACUGACAGGUCUGACUUGUGCUAUAUUUACAAGAGACGGUGAAGAAAUACCUUGUCCUGAUAGUGCUGCUGGCCUCUAUAUUCGAACAAGAAAUGAUCAAAUUGUCAAGGUUGUUUAUGGAGUAGAUGAUAUAGCUUAUCAAAUUGGUGAAACUGCCGAAAUACUUUCUGGUGGUAUUCUUCGUGCAACACCUCAUUGUGUUCAGGCUCCAAAAGGGAAGGAGUCUUCUGGUGUUGAGCGUUCAACAUUUGCAUUAUUCAUGCAACCUGACUGGGAUGAAAAACUAAGUUUUCCUGAGGAAGUUCCGAUUCAUAAAGAGCUUAUUCCAUCAAAUGCUUCCCUUACUUACGGAGAGUAUUCUGAGAUGGUGCUUGGCAAAUAUUACGACAAAAAAUAGUAAUGGUCUAAGGUGUUACUCUGACCUUUUCACCGUAGAAGUGAUUGGCUGGAGACAUGGCCCAUGCUAACUAACUGUUAAUUCAUGGAAGUAAAAUGAAGCUGUGCAGAAGUGUCAUGGCAAUAGGAUAAGAAAUAGAAAAUAAAAAUUCUUGUAACUCACGUCGAAUAAAAAUAAAGCUUGAAGGCCAAGAAAGCCCAUUAAAAUUAGUUUCAUUAGAUGUUAAAUUGUUACAUCUAUGUAAUGGAACGGAAGUUACCAUCCAACUCUGUAGUUUAUGAAGUGUAUGUUUGGAUUGGCGGUGAAUAAAAUUGAUUUUAGCAUAAUUAAGUUCGGUAGAAUUGAUUUUAACAAAAUUGAGUUGAGCAUAAUUGAUUUAUGUUUAGAUACAUUUAUGUAAAAGUAAGUCGAACAAUAUAUUUCAGCAUAGAAAUCACCAUGAAUCAA